UAUAGGCUGUGCUUGAUUGGGUUUUACCGCUUGCAAUGGAAUAACAAAGUUUCAAAGAAGGCAAAUCCUGCCCUGUAGACAAUCCAGAUAAAACAACACAUUUCAGCUAGUAUUUGAAGCAAUGAAGACUAUCAGCCCGCCGUUUGGGAGAUAAGAGAUUCCCUCAGGGGUUGAAGACCAACCAACCAUGAGGAAGUGAUGUGUGGGGUUAGAAGUAGCACGCUAAGAUAACCUCAGUGUCUGGAGUUUCUGGUCCAUAACCAACAUGCUGUCUACUCACGCCUCCAUCGCCACUAAAGUUCAGAUGGAGCCCACCUCCCAUGGAGUAGACACACAUGAGGAGGAUGAGGAGGACGUGAAGGGGAGGUACGAGAGAGAGAUGAGGAGACUGAGACGGGGACAGACGGAGGAGCUGAGACAAGCGAGGGAGAAAGAGGAGGCGGUGAGGAGAGAAAUGGACGAGGCAGAGAGGAGAGAGUGGGAAGAGAUUGACAGAAGGGAGACAGAGAGGAGCAUCCGGGAGCAGGUGAGAGAGAUGGAGAUCGAGAUGAGGGAGGGAGAGAAGAGGGAGUUGCUUCUAAAAACUCUGGACAAGAAGGAGAGAGAGAUAAAGGAGGAGAGAGAGAAAACAAAAGCUCUCCAAAAGGAACUGAUGAACCUCAUCCAGACCAUAGAAGAACAGAAGCAGAGAGAGGAGAAGAAGGAGAGAGAGUUGGAGCAAAGUCUGCAGACAGAGAGAGAGAAACAGCUUCUCGCCCUCACUCUGAUCAUGGAAGAACAGACCAGAAGAGAGAAGACUAUCCAGAGAGAGAUGGAGGAGAGCCUGCUGAAGGAGCGCAAGAAACAACUUCUGGCCCUCACCUUGAUCAUGGAAGAGCAGAACAGGCGGGAGGAGAAGAAGGAGAGAGAGAUGGAGAGCCUGUUGAAGGAGAGAGAGAGGAGCGAAGAGGAGAUCCGAAGACUGAGGAACGAGUGUGCCCGGACGGGCCCUUCAGGACAUCGUGGCCAGACAGUGGCGAACGCCAGAACCGCAGGGAACGGCAACGUUCUAGUGACUCACGUAAGACCCAUCGUGGGGUUCUCUCAGCGGAUGGCAGGGGUGGCUCUGAACGUGGCGUUGGAGAACGUGAGACAGGCCCCUUGCUCCGUCCAGUGACCGGGCUUGUUUCCCAUAGGCGUUUGACGCUGUGGUCAUUCGCCAGACCCUGUGCUCCGGAGCGAAAUUCAGACGAAGAAAGGUUUAGUCAGAAUUGGGCCAUGUUGUUAACGGCCUAUAUUUAGACACAGACGAGGGCUUUUGAUAACCUGGCAAAUGUUUACUGGGUUGAAUGCAGCGGUUGGUGUCGUCACUCCAUUGAACCCAGUGCCUGAAACACUCUAGUACCUCCAGUACCUCCCUCUCAUUCUUUCGCCUUCUCAAAUACUUUCUUCCUACAGACAUCGCUCUUUCACUGUCUCCGUCUCAUCUCCCACGCCCUCCCUCUCACACCAUCUCGCUUUCUUGAAAAAACCCCCGAAGACUCUCUGUCAUUAUCUCUCCCUCAAAUAGCCUCUGGUCUCGCUCUCUCCAUCUCGCUUUCUUCCCCUCUCACUCCAUCCAUUGACUGGUGUAUUUUAUGUUGAUUAAAUAACUUGAUUAAAUCAGUGUUCCUAAAUCCUAAUCUGGGAUAAUCCGGUCAAGAGCCUUUGAUCGACUGAUAGCUGACAUGUUUAGGCAAGAUUGGGCCAUUUUUAGGUCAGUGCGUUAAAUAUGCUUUUAAUUUUUUUUCUUCAUAAUUUAUGUAUUAUUCAGGCUUUAUCAUGAAUUGUAUUUGUCCACUGAC